UUUGUCUGUGUUUCUCUGUUUUUUACAUUACAGAAAUGGAAACAACUGCAGCAGCUCCAGCUCCAUACCUGCAUGGCAGUCAAAAACUUCUUCAUCUGGUAAGGCAUGCACAAGGGCUUCACAAUUUAGAGGCAGAGAAGAGGCCAACAUCAAUUGACUUGGUUGAUCCUGAGCUCUCCUCUCAGGGCUGGCAGCAGGUUCGUGAUCAGCGGAAAAAUCUCUCUGCAAGCGGGCUGCUGGAGAGGAUUGAGGUAGUCAUCACGUCCCCUUUGUUAAGGACAUUGCAGACGUCAGUUGGAAUUUUUGGUGGUGAUCCAGAUCGUCCGGAUCAUGUAACUCCAUUACAGGAGGCAAAUAUAGAGAAUGACGGUCAGCGUGGGAUAUCAACUUUCAAUCGCCUACCAAUUAUAGCAUCUGAACUUUGUCGAGAACGCAAGAGUAAAAAUCGACAGAGAGGAACCCUCAGCCAGUGCCGGUCUCGUUUCCCUGCAGUUGAUUUUUCUUUGAUUGAAAGUGAAGAUGACGUUUUGUGGGAGUCUGACGAACGCGAAACCAAUGAAGCAGUUGCAGCUAGGGGAAUUAAGUUUAUCAAAUGGUUGUUGGGACGGAAAGAAAAGGAGAUAGCAGUGGUCAGCCAUGGAGUUUUUUUACAGCAGACAAUGAUUGCACUUAGAAAUAAGUGUUACCCCUUAGUGGAUGGUGAUUUUAAUUACAGCCGGUUCGGAAAUUGUGAAAUUCGUUCAGUGAUCAUUUUUAAUGAAAGCGUAAUGGGAUUGGGAUCAGAUUCCUUGACAACUAGCUAUCAGGCCCAUGGUGGAAGAAUCACUCGUUAUGGACUUCAACUCCAAAAUGAUUCUGCCGAGGAUAAUGUUCCAGUCGAUGAAGCGACCAACUAAUAGCUAAAUCCCUGCCAUUGGAUCCAACAUACUAGGUGUUUUCCCAAGAAC